UAUCUUAAUCAAUCAUAAAAUAAAUUAAUUUUAAAAUAAUGAUUCUUUGUACCAAACCACCCGUACUGUAACUAACCUAAAAUUAUCUCAUAGAUGAUCAAAAUCCAAACCCAUCUCCAUCUAUUAACCAACCCAGUAUAUAUAUACAACUUCCAUUUUUUAGAAUUCUCAAUCUCUCCGUCUCUCUAUAACACUCUUGAGUGCAUUUGUCAACACAGCUAUAAUCACUAAGCUUUAGGUCCGAUUUGGCACAUCCACAAUUCAUUUCUUUUACUGAUAAAAUUCUUCAAGAAUUCUUUUUUUUUUUUUUUUCGUUUAUUAACUGUGGUGUCUGAGCCAGUUUUCGCGUACUCCGACGAAAUUCACGGGAACAGAUAUCAGGGUGGUUGUGAAAUUCCCAAAAUGAGAGAGAAGAACAGAAGAGCCCAUCCAAGGCCAUUUAAUUGUCAGAUGCCAAAUGGGGUUGGUGUGUUUGAUGAUAAUGGAUGGGGUUACUGUACUGAGGAACAGUUAGAAGAAAUCUUGUUAAAGAAUUUGGAUUAUUUGUACAAUGUGGCUAUCGCAAAGCUUGUAUCUUUGGGUUAUGAUGAAGAAGUGGCAAUGAAAGCUAUCCUUAGAAAUGGAUAUUGUUAUGGUGGUAUGGAUGUUUUGACUAAUAUAUUGCAUAACUCAUUGUUGUAUUUGAGUAAUGAAAAUGUUGAGGAUUCGGAGGAUAGAUUUGUGGAUUUAAGGCAGUUAGAGGAGUAUUCAUUGGCUGGUAUGGUGUGUUUGUUGCAACAAGUUAAGCCACAUUUGAGUAAAGGGGAUGCAAUGUGGUAUUUGCUAAUGAGUGAUCUUCAUGUUGGUCGUGCUAGUGUGAUGGAAAUUCCGAUUGUUCCUCCUCCCCAAAGUGGAAAUUGCUUGCCCAGUGUCCCGGUUGAGGGUGUUGAUUCUAGUCCUGUUGGUGUUGGUGUUGUGCCUGCUAUGUAUAGGUUUCACGCUGGUUGGGGUUUCGGGAAUGGGGGUGCUAAUGAGUUUCCUGUGAAUGGUUUCUUCUCGUAUGCCUCGGAAUCUUCUUUGCAAAGGGAGAUUGAAUGUCCAAAGAGGUUUAAUCUCACUCCUUCAAUGAAAACAUUGUUGAAGAGGAACGUUGCAGCUGUUGCUGCUGGAUUAAGGGCAAACUCAAAGUACCUGCAAAAUCAAUCUCAAGCUUGUCCUAGUUCUUUGCCUGGUCGGGACCUGCCAAGUGGAAGUACAUCACGGUUUGAAGGUGGACUUGGUCAAUCUGAUGAAUCUCAGAAUCUGAAAAGUCAAGAAGUGGUUAGCUCCGUCGUGAGUAAGUUCAGUGAUUUGAAACUUGAUGAGAAUUCGGAGCAGGUACAUGGACAGAUGGACCAGAAGGACGAGAUGAUUCUGAACUUGAUCCAUCAAAUAAAAGAUUUGGAAAGGCAGGUGAAGGAGCGAAAAGACUGGGCCCACCAGAAGGCAAUGCAAGCUGCAAGGAAGCUCAGUAAUGACUUAAAUGAGCUUAAGAUAUUGCGGAUGGAAAGGGAGGAGAAUCACAGAAUAAAGAAGGGCAAGCAGGCUAGCGACGACUCUACCACGAAAAAGUCACCUAUGGAGAUUGCUCUACAGGAAGCAAGUGGCCGCGUUGACCAUGCAAACCUGACAGUGAAAAAGCUUGAGAAUGAAAAUGCUGAAAUUAGGGCAGAGAUGGAGGCUUGCAAGUUAAGCGCAUCAGAGUCUGCAACAACCUGCUUGGAGGUUGUAAGGAGGGAGAGGAAGUGCCUAAAGAAGCUCGGAGCUUGGGAAAAACAGAAAAACAAGCUGCAGGACAAUAUUGCGGUAGAGAAGCAGAAGAUUUCAGAUUUGCAGCAGCAACUGCUUGAGGUUGAGUCAGCUCAAAAGGAAGUUGAGGCGAAGUGGAGGCAGGAACAGAGGGCUAAGAAGCAAGCCUUGGCACAAGUAGAAGAGGAGCGGCGCCUCAAGGAAACAGCUGAGGCUACUAACAAAAGAAAGCUUGAGGCUUUGCGCCUUAGGAUGGAAAUAGAUUUCCAGCGGCACAAGGAUGACCUCCAACGGCUUGAACAAGACCUGUCUCGGCUUAAAGCAUCUAAUGAGCGACCGGAAGGAGAUGUUGCAAGGAUGCUGCAUGAUUUUGAUAGAUCGAAGGAUUCUUCUGGGAAGGACGUUAGCGGUGAUAGGGAAUGCUUAAUUUGCACGAAGGAUGAAGUUUCAGUUGUUUUCUUACCUUGUGCUCAUCAGGUUCUAUGUGCGAACUGCAAUGACAACUACGGGAAGAAGGGAAGAGCUAUAUGCCCCUGCUGCCGGGUUCCAAUUGAACAGAGAAUCGGGGUCUUUGGUGUAACUUCGUAGGCCCUUGUGCAAGCUUUAUUUGAAGACGGGCAUGCUCAUGAACCGUCUCUUAAGAAGACAACAUUUUUUCAUAACUGUUUACAUAGGCUGCUUGAUUGAAUCAGUAAUACUAGUAAGUGCAAGUAACUGAUCCAGCCAGGCCAAGUGGGAGGAAAGGCACAUAUUGUUGCUGUGAUGUAUAUGUUAUACUUGCUAAAAGAGGUUUAAAUAAAGUCUGUUUCCUUUUA